AUGGUUUAUUUAUUUGGGCGUAUCAAAAUUGCAUUUUUGUUGUUUGAUGAAAUUGCGGACCCAAAUUUUUCUUCUUAUAAAUUGAUGAUCAGAUGGCAUAAAAAUGAUUGUGGUCAAGAAGGGUUAGUUUUGUUUAACCGCAUGAGAGAUGGCUUGGUUGAAGGAAACGAGUACACUUUCAUGAGUGUAGUGACUGCAUGUGAAAAGUUAGGGGCAUCGCAUCAGGGAAAGGCUUUUAUGGAUGCCUAUUUGAUUUUUGAUGAGUUUUCCAUUAUUGAUCUUGUUUCGUGGACUGCCAUGAUCAUUGUUCAUAAUCUUGGGACUAAGAUUGGAUUAGAUGAUGCUAGUGUGACACCCUCUAGUGGGCAUGAUGUGAUUGCUUGGAACUCUAUUACUAGUGGGUAUGCUCAAAGUGGAUUUGCUAAUGAGGCACUGAAAUUGAAUGAGAUCAGUUACAUCCAGCAUGAUUCCACAGCUAUGGUGGGUAACCUUUUUAGCCUGUGCUUCCCUCGGGGAUAUCAGAUUUGA